AUGGCAAACCCGCCUCAUCAAACCACCAAAGCACGUCGUGCCGAUUACGGGUUAUCAUUUCCCAGUACUGAAGAUGAAAUUAUCAACGAUAUUUAUGUUGAAGAAAUUCCCGUAAUCCAGAAUCGACAUCUUACUGAGUCUGAGGGAUCAAAUCCAUCAGCUUCAAAAAUAAAGAAAAGGAAAUGGGGAAAUCCAGAUCCCUCUGCUGAAGUUGUGGCUCUAUCUCCAGCUCAGUUACAAGACUUUGAAAAGUUCCCUUGUGAUAUUUGCGAUUCAAGUUUUCCCCGAAUGCAAAAUCUCCGGUUCCAUUAUACGACUCAUAAUGUUCAUCAUAAGCUGCCUCAAAAGAACGCUAGUGGAGAGCCAAGAAAAAAGAAAUAUGCAUUGAAAUCAGACUUGGAUGCACAUCAAAAGAAAUGUGGCACCAAAAACUAUGAGUGCAAUCUUUGUGGAUCUAAGUACUCAAGGAUCGAUAGAUUUGAAAUCCAUAAAGUUAAAUGUCGAUCAGAAGGUCCAAUGCCCAAUGAAAUCAUGCAGAUUUCAAGGGAAAAAGUGUCUGAAGUAAAAGAUGUUCCCGUUCCAGAAAGUUCCGUAUCAUUUGGACCUUCGAGCCCCUUGUCUACAAAUUAUAUAGCCCAAGAAUUUGAAAGAUGUGAAAGAUUUGAGAUACCAGAAUUUAAUACACUCGAGCAACUUCAAUCUAGAAUUCAAAUGUCGGAUUCUUCUCAACAACAUGCAUUGGAUGUUGAUUCUUAUCAAGAGAAGUCCAUUUGGGAUUUGAAUUACUGGGAUGUAAUUUGA